UCUAUACCAACUCCAGCUUGCUUUGAUCAUCGAGGUAUUGUCUGCACUUGAAUCGUGAAUUUUCGGGCCGAACUCCAAUAUCCAUCACAAGCAAAAAGUUUACAAACAAUCUCUACUCCCUCACCAGUGGUUAUAAUUAUGUACAUUAAAAACAGAAAACCACUUAAGUCUGAUCCACGUCACGUGUUUUCGUAUCACUCGCGAAAACACGCAAACACGAAAAAGAGUUGCCGGGUCAGCCACAUCAAAAUGCGAUAACUGAUUACUUUUGUGAUUGCAUUCACACCAAGCAUGCAAACUUUGAGACAUAGACCAACUAUUGGGAUGCAGCAUAUGGUCUAUUUGCAGGAAUGUCUCACCAUAUGAGCGGGCGCUCGUUCACUUUCGAUGAUGAUGAACCUUUAUAUUUCACACCAACAUAUAAGCCCGAAGACCUCAUUUGUGAAGGCUCCGAUACGGAGGCAAAUCCCAGAGUCAUAGUCGAAAAACGGCGGCGAUAUGAACAGUGUGCGGAAAGGGUCCUACGUGGACAACUACCGAUUAUUCAAUCCGCGGCACUCAGGGGACCUUUUUAUCAAGAUAACAAGAACGAAUGGGUGAACCCAUGGAGACAUCGAGAGGGGAACUGGUGGAAGCCUGGAUCGAAAGACAUGCUCUUUAGAAGGGAGGACGUUAUGCGACGAGCUAAAGAACAUGGCAGAAAUGACAUGAGUCCUACAGAAGCACUUGCUUGGUGCCGACGGGAUGCUAAACAGCAGGCCAAAGAAAUGGGAAUUGACGAUAAUAUGGAUAUGGAUAGCGAUUCUGCGACUCAGUCAAAUAGACUAGUUGUGGAUGAGACAAUACAAGAAGAUCUAUCAAUGGAAAAGGAUGAAACCCGUGGCAACGGUGGCUCGCUCAACGUCCCCUCGCCUUUAGGUAGAACCCCUUCGUCGACAUUUCCUGCGCGCGCGAAUUUUGAAGAUUCUGGAGAUACGCCAAUAAUGAGAGGCUCGAUUCCGGACAAAGAUAAUGAAGGUAAAGAGUUGGAAACAUGGACGGGUGUCAAGAGACCUGCAGAUAUAGCUUGGUUGAAAGGCUCACAUAUCUCGAAGCGUGCUCGUUGGGAGGACCCAGCAGUCUCAUCGCCAACUCCGUUACCUCAUGCAAUAAGCCACAAAUUUCAGCAAAAUGUCACAGGAAAUAUGACCGUCGCACAGAAUCAAAUUUCGCAUACAAUUCAACCGCGAUCAGGUCUGUCGCUGGAGACGCCCCGGCAGGCACUAGCUUCAAGGAAGAGCCACGUGUCUCUGCAGCAAUCAGACACUACAUUUGAUAUGGAAUUUUCAUUUCACACUAACAUCGGACAACAAGGACAACAACAUCUUAGCUUUACAGCAUCCGGAUCCGACAACAAACCCACAUAUCCAUAUGAGGAUUCCCCCAGGCCCUAUCCGACUGUAUCACUCGACACCCCGGCCGGCCAAGAAGCUCGCGCCUCACAGCAUUCAGCAACAAAACCGGUGACUUCCCCGAAACUCCCCUCACAUCACAGGAUUGGUGCCGUACUUGAUAAAACGCACGAAACCCCAGGGAACAUCAGUUUUAUCACCGACGUUGCACCAUCGUCUAUGAACUUGGAUCACUUCCAAUUUCGAAAGAAGCGUAGACGCAGAACUGAUCCCACAGAGGUAACCAAUCAACCUCUGAGUGAUAUAGGAGAAAGGAUUCGAGCGCCAUUAUCCGGAGGCACCAAGCCAGCUCCAAGUGUCCAAAGAGAUUCAAUAUUUUCGACCCCUUUCAUCCUACACCCUAUUCAGAGGGAAGGUGGGUCCUCAACAUCACUCAUUCGACGUACUAAAUUUCCAAGGUCGAAAGGCUCAUCUGCCAAAAGCUCUCGCGUGGAUGAAAGUUGGCUUACUACACAAGAAGAAGUUGGGAUUAGUCCAUCGACAAUGAAUCCGGAUAGCAAGAGAACAAUGGAAAGCGAAUGUUCUCCACAAUAUGAAAACUUUGAUAACAGCUGGGUCACAACACAAGAUGACUUCCAUCACGCUCUAGCAUCGUCUGCUUCAAUGGACAUAACGCAGAUCUACAGGAAUUCGACCUUUUUGCCACGCCUAAAUCAUGUUGAACACAUUGAUGCUCCUGCAUUUAAGGGCCACGAGCACAAAAGUAGUUUACAAUCAUCUCCUCUGAAAAAUCCCUCUUCUGCGCUUUCUGUGCGCCCUCCCUCCAAAUCACCACAUUUACCAGUCCUUCCGAGAAAUUCGAACAAAUCGGGAGUGUCAUUGCAGUAUAAUAACCUCGAUGGAUCGAGUACACAAUCAUACAACACAAGUCCAGUCAACGUAGCAGGGAAUAAUCUGAACUCUUCACAGGCCUGCAUUUUACCACAAAAUCUUGGAUCGAGCCAACAAUUGCCGCAUAGAAUCACAACCAUACCUGAAGCAGAAUUUAGUGAAGACAUCGGCGACGACAAUCCUGAAUGUUGCCAAUUAGAACACGUGCAGAGAUCGGACGAUAACAAAGGAGAUCAUGCGGAAGUAGCCUCUCAGGAGGUCAAUAGUGCUCUUGAGGGUAAGCAAAUCCAGGAGUUUACUGUGCUACAGGCUAGUCGAGAAUCUCAUAUUGAUAUGGUACCUCGAGCCAAUUUAGAUAUUUCUGCAGUUCCCCAUUAUGAAGAAGAUAUGCCGAGUGUCAAACAGGAAGAAAAAUUGCAGGAAGAGGUAGAGGAAGCUAUGCGGGCCGAGCCGGAUGCCGGUGGCGGUCUAAAAAACUCGGUUCUUUCUAGCGGCCGACCAUCAACGUCAUCAUCACCAGCAAGAAGAAACAACCUCACCAUACAUAGCCCCACAUCAAUUCAAAAAGCCAGGAGCGUCAGUCAGAUUCCCAAAAGCUUUAUGUCGAAACGAUCCGCUCCCCUGCUGCUUAGCGAGGAGGAUCUCGUUUCACCAGCUAGCACCCAAGAUCUCAACGAACACGUUUUAGAAGCAGCUGCUGUGGAAGAUGUAGCUAUUCCUUCCAGAGAUACUGUACCUGUUGAUGCUUUAAACCCAGACCCAGACCCAGAACCUAAAGAUAAAACUCGAAGUCUCAGCCCACAGAGUCCCUGGGCACCAGUUGAGGCAAGGCUUAUGGUCUGUCUCGAAGUAAUCCCAACUACCGAAAUGACCGAGCGAUACUCCGAUGCUGAUUCUCCCAAUUCUGGAUGGCAGAAGGAAGGGCGUCCAGCCACGCCGGAUAAUGACAUUAUUCGACCCUUCCGUGAUCUCAUGACUCCAAGCCCUCCACCGGAAGGAUUGAAGACACCGGAAGCUGAACAGCGGCCAUCAAACACGCAGCUUCUUGUAGAAGCAGCCACACAAAAUCCUUGGGCGAAGGAUUCCGAGAAAAAUAGUUUGAAACGCAAACGCGUAUCAUUCGGCGUAUUGGAUCACGAAGAUCCAGUUCAAUCUCAACACGAUUCACAGCGUCAACGUCACUCUCCGUCUCCCGAGAGUACAUAUCGGCCAGGGGCUUUCGGAAGCAAAGUGGCUGAGUUUGACGAUGAUGUCACAGAUAUGAAUAGUUUCCAAAAUCACUUCUCCGCAGUUCAUAGAAAGUCUAUAGGCGACGAUUCCUUAAAGGUCAAUGGCUCCGUCAAGCGCCCACCAAUCGCAAAAUACAAGACAAACAUUUCAAAUGCGGCCAAUCUGGUUGCCAGUAGCCCCGCAAUUGAUGCAAUGGCAGAAGCUUUCAUCGCAGCUGAUCGCGAUUCUUCACGAGAGAGAGAACGUCGCUUCUCAAAAAGCCCUUCACCUACCCAAAAAUCCAAGAGGAAAAGCUAUAUAACUUUCGAGGAUGAAGAUGAAGAUGAAGAUGAAGAUGAAGAUGAAGAUGAAGACGAUACGGUGAUUCAACCCUCAAAUUCUCAUGUCUCUGCAAACAUCGCUCUGAAUGAAACAUCCAGUAACGCUAAACUGGGAGAUCAUACACCAAAAUUUUCCCUCGAUGAAGUGGAAGAUUUCUUAGGGGAAGAUUGGUCGGUAGAGGGGGAAUUGAAGAAAGCUAGUAUGGAAUUUGAAUCGACGACGCCAAGACGGGAGAAUAAUGUACAUUCACAGGGAAGUCUUUUUGCUUUUGAAAAUAUAUGGACUUGAUAGAAGAUUAUUAUUGCAGAAAGAUUAAUAAUUAUGAGUAUGUAAAGAAGAUGUUGUAAAUUCCCUUGGAUGUUGUGGAUGCAUGGAUGCAUGGAUGCAUGGAUGGAUGAAACGGAUGGGACGGUUGGGUUAUGAGAUAUAUAUAUGUAUCUACCCCUUGCUUAGGUAGGUAAGGUAUAUAGCAUGAAAGGAUAGAUGAUCUUAUAAUGAAACUUAUUACUAUUACU